CCUGUAAGGACAUCCAAGUUUUGUAGUUCAUGUGCUGUUGACCUGUCAGCGUUGUAGUACAAGCUGUCACUGCUGAUAACUUGUCUGUCCUGCUGGUGGUUGCAGUUUUUAUCCAGCGACACAGCAAGUACCGCGGCGUGGGACGCGCGGGAUUAAUUUAGUUUACCGUAGUUUGCGGUGUCAGCUAACCGGCGAGCUAAGUGCUAAAGUUAGCCAACAAGCCAGCCAACUGGACAGCUAGCUUGCUAGCCUGCUAGCUCUCUGGGAGGUUUCUGGGUAGCCUGUUGGCGGUGUGAGGGUAGGAAGCCGCCCACUCCUGCCAAACAGCAAUCCGGACAAAAUAGUGAACGAUGGAGGCCCAAAGCUCAAGUGGGCUGCUGCUCUCCAGGAAGAGAAGAAGAGAUGGCUCCAACGGGGAGACUGAAGAAGGAGAAAGACUUGGGAAAAUCCCCAGAUGUACUGUGGGACUGAAGCACCCUGCACCUUUCGCAGAUGAGCUGGUGCCACAGGAUGGUCACCCCUACCAAAGAGUCACCAUGGACGAGGCCAAGAGGGGAACACCACCUGACAGACCAGUGCGAGUCUAUGCGGAUGGUAUCUUUGACGUUUUCCACUCAGGCCACGCCAGAGCUCUCAUGCAGGCCAAAUGCCUCUUCCCAAACACGCACCUCAUUGUUGGAGUGUGUAGCGACGACCUGACCCACAAAUACAAGGGCUUCACGGUGAUGAACGAGGACGAGCGGUACGACGCCGUCACACACUGCCGCUACGUGGACGAGGUGGUGCGAAACGCCCCCUGGACGCUAUCACCGGAGUUCCUCGCAAAACAUCGCAUUGACUUUGUGGCCCAUGACGACAUCCCAUACUCCUCAGCGGGCAGUGAUGACGUGUACAAGCACAUUAAAGACGCUGGUAUGUUCGCUCCCACCCAGCGGACGGAGGGCAUCUCCACCUCUGACAUCAUCACUCGCAUCGUCCGCGACUACGACGUGUAUGUGAGACGCAACCUGCAGAGAGGAUACACGGCCAAGGAGCUCAACGUCAGCUUCAUCAACGAGAAGAAGUACCACCUGCAGGAGCGCGUGGACAAGGUGAAGAGGAAGGUCCGCGACGUGGAGGAGAAGAGCAAGGAGUUUGUCCAGAAGGUGGAGGAGAAGAGCAUCGACCUCAUCCAGAAGUGGGAGGAGAAGUCCAGGGAGUUCAUUGGCAACUUCCUGCAGAUGUUCGGCCCCGAGGGAGCUCUGAAGCACAUGCUGAAGGAAGGGAAGGGCCGCAUGCUGCAGGCCAUCAGCCCCCGGCAGAGCCCCAACAGCAGCCCCACCCGCGAGGAGCGCUCGCCCUCCCCCACCUUCCGCCUCCCCUUCUUCUCCAAGACCUCCCCGCCUCCGUCGCCCCCGCCGCACCACAGCGGCGCCCGCGGGUACCUCAUCAGCGACGACGACGACGACGAGGACGACGAGAACUAGGCCGCGCCGGUGCCGUCGGAAGCCACCACCGUCGGGGUCACAGUCAGUGCUAACAGAGCUGUCGGCUUUUCAUCGAGCUCCUGCUUCAGAUUUUUAAUGUUUAAUUUUUUUUUUUUUUCCUGUUUUUAUGUUUUUAGCACCUCAGCGUCACAUUAACGGUACCAGCCAGGUUCACUGCUCUUGUUUUUUAACCACCAGUGUUCAUCCUUUUCUGUUUCUGUGUAGUGGUCAGUAAGAGUUUUAAAAAGUUGUCACUUUUCAUGUUGAGUUUCUUAGUCAUUCACUGUCACUUACGAUUAUUUUCACGUGUUACACUUUUUCCAUUUAUGACGGUAUUCUUAAGGUUGGCAUUAUAGUGGAGUCUUUUGUUUUUGUCACGGUUUUUAGCAGGAGGACUUGCAGGUGUUUCGCUCACUUGUUGGAACAGCGCUUAUAGUUUGUCGGUGAGGGAGAGGAGAGCUGAGGAAUCACUAAAGACGCUGUUAGAUAUUUCUGUUCCUCAGAGCGGGUCAGAAGACAAACAGAUGUGCGAUUUAUAUUGCGCUUACACUACGUCUGACCUGAGACUAGCUCCAGGUCUACUGAAGCAGCCUCUUCCUGUGUGGGUCCGGGGGCGUGCCACGUUUGCGCGUGCGAGGUCUCGAUUUCGCACGCUUCAAAUACCUUCUCUUCACAUCUUCCGUCUCUUGAUCGAUCUGGGUUCAGCUUCGGUUUUACUGCACAUAGUACUGAAUUUUGCUUUAAAUGUUCUUUGUCUGCAAAUAAAUCAAAAGAAGAGUUUUUUUUUUUUAGUGUCGUAAAAGAAUGACCUGUUGAUGAGACACGAAGACGUAGAAAUACUUAUUUUUGUAUUUUUUUUUUAGUCUGAGCAGAGAAUCAUCACCAGCUUUUUCUUUUUUAUUAUUAUUUUUUUAAGGCAGAUAAAGGCCUUUAGGGAUUUAAUCAUUUCACCGCAUAUGACACACAUGUCACGAUAAUAGUAAGUGUGAGGUUCAGAAUCCAGAAACGUCAGAGAACCGUCUGAACUUCUUAAACGACAGGAAGGCUCGUAAGCACAAAGUAAGUCUCGCACACUUACGAGGCAAAAAUAGAAAAAGCCGUGUCAGAAACGUCAGACAGGACUUCCACCGAAGGGUUCGCAAAUACAUAUCGCAUCAGUUUAGAGAUAUGUUCUAAUAGACUCAACAGCACUGUGUCACAUAGGAGUGUGAGGGCGUCGGCUCCGCUUAACCCCCAGAUCAAUAUUUAUGUAGCUACCUCCUUCCCUCAACCGAUCGAUUCCCAAGACGAGCACAGAGUGUGAGGAUCAUUUCCUGAGAAGAGCCAUUGUUGCAGCACUGAGGCGGUGUGAUUCGGUUAAAGUCUGCGUGUGUGUGUGUGCGUUUGCGUGCGUGCGUGUGUCCUGCAUCUCCAGCGAUAAAGCAUGUGUCGUGUCUCUGUGUUGUAUAUAACUGAAGCAUCACAGGUGAUCUGAAGAUGUAAUGCAAUACUGUUAGAUGACUCCUAUGUAAAUGUCGGCAGACUUCAGUCGCGCUGAUCUGCUCUGGGCCCGGUUUCCCCCGAGAAGCACUCAAUCUUUGCUGCAGCGACAGAGGCCGCGGAGUACUCCCACGGUUUGUUCAGCCGCGGGGUUUCGUAUUCAGAGUACAGACGCGGUGCGAUUCGCUGAGGAAUCCCAGCCUAGAUUUUGGUGCUAAGCUACUUUCGGGAAGCCUCGCCUCGAUUCUCGUGGAAUCUUAUCCUUUUAAAGUCAGUGUGUGAUCUUCUCGGCAAGAGCAUGUCCAUGUCAAGAGCUCGAGGUGGCGCGAGACAAUAACGGCCACUACAACUAAGAGGUGUACAAGUGUAAAUGUUUUUAACGGCAAGUGUUUUAAUCAUGUUGUUAUUUUACUGUUUGGGGUUACUUCUGUUUUUUGUGUCCUGGAUAUUGAGGAAGAGCGAGACAGAAAAAAAUGUAUUAAAAUGUGUUGGCCAAAGUCUUUUUGUUUCCUGUGAUCUCUGGGCUGUUCCUUCAGAGUCCACUCUCAAUUCAACAUGUGAAGAUGUGAAGUGUAUUGGCAUAAAAAAAAAAAAACUGGACUGACCAAAGCCCAUUGUUCCCACACUAAGCCCGUCCUCAUAUCAAGAGGAAACAGAGACCCAGGAGAUUGUAGAGCAGCUAAAAUAAUAAAACAAAUGAAAAACACACUCAUCCAGCAGGAACGUUUGGUUACAUAGUCAGAUUUUAUUGGACAGAACGGUCACCAGGGCUACAAACAUGAAGAAGCAGACAGUGGCGAAGCAAACACCAGGGGGAGACCUCGCCUCGCCGCACGCACUCCCAGGCUCUGACAUCCGAAUCAGAACAGUGUGAUGGGAAAUUCAUCUUAGUGCUUGAGAAACAUUUGGGGAAUUUGGGUCACAACUAGCUUAUCAGGAUGAUGGUCAAACCUCAAAACUGCCUGGAAUGUUCCCUUACGUUUUAUUGGCUGAGUGGCAGAGAAAGCACUGGGGGCGGGGGGAGGAACAAACACACUCAAAAGUACAAAAAACAGCCUCUUUUCCAAAUGACCCGCAACUGAUUGAUGAGUUGAGAUUAAUAUCUUGUCCUGUUGAGUGUGAACGAUCUGAGUGACCAUUUUCCAAAAAAAAACACACAUCAUAUAUCGACCGAUUCGUUUCAGGGGCAGACUCUACCGAGACGGAAGUUCAUAUCGACUAUAUCAGGAUUCAUUUUAAACCACAACAGCUACAGAUCAUCUUACCAGGGAAAAGUCUAGGGGACGUGUGGGAUUUCUAAAGUAAGAGCAGUAGUGGAACGAUAACACUGAAUAAACACAACAGAGCGCCCCCUACCCCCUAAAAGCCUCCGGUCCUCUCCCCCUGGACCCUCCCCGCAUCGCUUGUCUUUUUCUAUCGGACACUUGGUUUACAUUUUUUUUUUACUCAUCACUACGAGAUAUAUACGAUACAAUGGUUCACAUGUUGCAUAUAUCUGUGCAUUAUACCAUAUUUACUUUUUUAAUUAUUAUUUUUUAAACAAUGUAAAUUUGAUCUC